CAGAGAGCCCAUCCCCAGUCCAAAAAUCAAAGCCUAGUAGCCAACACAAGAGUCCGGGAAGCGUUAAAUACAUAAUAAUUAGCUCACGCCAAGUUUCUUCCUCUCUUUCUCUGUGUCUAUCCAAUUAUCUCUCUUUUUUUCCUGGUAAGUUGAAGCUUUGGCAAUGGUAGGACAAUCAAGGAAAUGGAUGAUACUAGUUGCAACAACAUGGAUACAGGCUUUUACAGGGACAAACUUCGACUUUUCAUCCUACUCUUCAACAUUGAAAUCAGUUCUUGGGAUAUCUCAGGUGCAGCUGAAUUACUUGUCUGUUGCUUCAGAUAUGGGGAAGGUAUUUGGUUGGUGUUCUGGGGUGUCUCUGAUGUAUUUUCCAUUGUGGGUCGUCAUGUUCAUGGCUGCUUUCCUCGGGCUUUUUGGCUACGGUGUUCAAUGGCUUGUCAUCAAACAAAUCAUUACCCUUCCUUAUUUCCCAGUAUUUCUUCUGUGUUUGGUUGCUGGUUGUAGCAUCUGCUGGUUCAACACAGUAUGCUUUGUUUUAUGCAUCAGAAAUUUCCCAACCAACAGGGCACUUGCUUUGUCCCUGUCCAUCAGUUUCAAUGGUGUAACCGCUGCACUUUACACUCUAAUUGCCAAUGCAAUAAACCAUGAUGAUGACACCCUCUAUCUCUUCUUAAAUGCACUUGUGCCUCUUCUUGCAUCCAUCUUAGCUCUCAUCCCAAUCCUCCGCCAACCACCUUUGCAACUUCUUUCCACUGAUGUUAUUAGUCAGGAUUCUUUCAUUUUCAUUGUCCUCAAUGUUUUAGCUGUUAUCACCGGCCUAUAUCUUCUCCUGUUAAAUUCACUUUCAUCUGAAGCAUUAAGGGCACGCAUUCUCCUGGUGGGUGCCUUAAUGUUAUUGCUCCUACCUUUGUGUUUACCUGGCAUUGUCUGUGGUAGGAACUGGGCUCGUCGUACCAUCCAUAGCAGGUUUUGUCUUGAUGUCUCGAACUUCAGAUUGGUUGACCCUGAUGACCUCGAGCUCCAUAAGGAAUUGAUUGGAAAUAAUCAAAAUAAUGGCUCGAGUGUCAAUCCAUUUUAUGAGACAAAUAAAGAAGGGUUUUUUGGGAAGGUAAUGGAGAAAGGCAGGUUAACAAUGCUUGGUGAGGAACACUCUGCAAGAUUGCUAGUGCGCCGGUGGGAUUUCUGGCUAUAUUAUGUGGCCUAUUUCUGUGGAGGGACAAUAGGGCUGGUUUAUAGCAAUAAUAUAGGGCAGAUUGCACAAUCACUCGGAUACUACUCCCAGAUUAGUACAGUCGUGACUCUUUACUCCUCUUUCUCAUUCUUUGGUCGUUUGCUUUCAGCUGCCCCAGAUUUCCUGCGUGACAAGGUGUACUAUGCAAGGACUGGGUGGUUAGCAGUUGCCCUGGUGCCAACACCAAUAGCCUUCUUUCUGCUUGCUGCAUCAGGUAGUGAGGCAGCAUUGCAUGCUGGCACAGCCAUGAUUGGAUUAAGCUCCGGAUUCGUAUUUUCAGCGGCAGUGUCCAUCACAUCAGAGCUAUUUGGGCCUAAUAGUGCCAGUGUCAACCACAACAUCCUCAUCACCAACAUUCCCAUUGGAUCACUACUGUAUGGUCUCCUUGCAGCUUUAGUAUAUGAUUCUAAUGUGAAAAGUUCUAUGCAAGAAAAUUCAUUGGAGGAAGCAAUGGUGUGCAUGGGUAGGGACUGCUAUCUGCAGACAUUCAUAUGCUGGGGAUGCAUUUCCAUGUUAGGCCUAAUCUCAAGUUUUCUGCUCUUCUUAAGGACCAGGCCUGCUUAUGACGACUAUGAAAGGAAUAGAAGUCCAGCACAGUUCUCGUAGAAAAUAAAGUCCCUUCUCCUCUCUCUCUCUCUCUCUAUUUUCCGUUCAUUGGAUCUCACAUUUGUAAUGCACUUGGGAGGGUAUAACGACUCCCAAGAAAAUUGGGUAAAACCAGAAGUGACAUUGAUUCAUUGAAUCAUAC